GAGCAUUUCAGUGGUACAGAGUUUUAACACCCGGUACAGUGCAGACAUCGAGUUGAUUUGCUACACGAAGCAGAGAAGAAGUGGACUGGUUGGUGGCGAUGAUCAGAAGAAGGCUGUUGCUGUAAGUUAUUGACGGGGAGGAUCACAACAACGCUCCACUCAUCAGCAUUGAAACCACCCGCAAUACAUAUCAAAAUACAGACUGAAUUGCACUUGCACCGACUGAUAUAAGCAUCAUAAACAUGGUGACGAGAACCCGAAGACAAGCGAAGGAGAACCAAGCGACACAAAGCAAUGGCGCUACAACUGCUGCAAAAGUAGCGGGCAGUAGUAGGAAAAGCAGUGGUCGCUUUGAGAUGUUUCGGUCUAGAAGUGGGAUCCUCAUAAGGAAUAAAACGGGCCUGAGUCCACCAGCCUUCGCUAUCUCAGUGGCCCUGGCUAUUGGUGUCGGACUCCUGCAUUGGUACCAUCUGAAUCACCUGUUUGAGAAUGACAGACAUUUUUCUCAUCUAUCCGCUUUGGAAAAAGAAAUGGCCUUUAGGACAGAAAUGGGUUUGUACUAUUCCUACUUCAAGACCAUUAUUGAGGCCCCCAGCUUCUUGAAUGGCUUGUACCUGGUCAUGAAUGACCGCCUCACUGAAUAUCCACUGGUUAUAAACACCUUGAAAAGAUUCAACUUGUAUCCAGAGGUGCUCUUGGCCAGUUGGUACAGGUCAUACACAGGGGUCAUGGACUUUUUCGGUGCUCCAACAAAGUUAUGCUGGACCAUCAACAGAGGACAGGGAUUAGAUCCAGUGGAAAGUUGCGAAGGAAUGGGGGAUCCAGCUUCUUUUUAUGUCACGUUUGUGUUCCUCUUAAACGGCGCGAUGAUGAGUCUUUUCUUCAUCUAUGGGACAUACCUGAGCGGUAGCAAACUUGGUGGUAUUUUAACAGUCACAUGCUUCUUCUUUAACCAUGGAGAGAGUACACGUGUGAUGUGGACUCCUCCGCUGAGGGAGAGCUUCUCCUAUCCUUUCCUGGUCCUUCAGAUGCUACUGAUCACUUACAUCCUCAGGACGCGUAAGCCAGGCCGAGUGGUGAUGGGAGCGCUUGCUGUCACCAACGUGCUCUUCAUGCUGCCCUGGCAGUUUGCCCAGUUUGUGCUUCUGACGCAGGUGGCCUCCUUAUUUGUCUCCUACAUCCUUGGAUACAUAAGCCCAUCAAAGAUGCAUUCUCUGUUGGUCACCCACAUGAUCUCCCUCGGUGUGUGCUUUCUUCUGAUGUUUGGAAACAGCAUGUUGUUGACCUCAUUCUAUGCAUCCUCUUUGGUCUCCAUAUGUACCAUCAUAUCCAUGAGGGAGAAGUUUACUGAGCUCUUUUCGAACAAAUUGGUCUUGUGGAUCAUGCAAGGUCUCGCCUCAGUUGUUUCAACAGUCAUGCUGAAGUCUGUGCUGUCAUUCGUCUUGGGUGCCUCUGAUGAUGCGCACAUCAGCAGCUUGAUCAAGUCCAAGUUCACCAACUACAAGGACUUUGAUACCAUGAUGUACACCUGUGCAGCAGAGUUUGACUUCAUGGAAUUCGAGACACCCCUGAGAUACAUCAAGACCUUCCUUCUCCCCGUCACAGUGCUGGUUGUCGUGGUAAUUGCUAUAAUGAAUGUCCAGGAGGUCAUCCAGACUCUGAAAGGAGAGGACAUAGUUCCUGAGAAGGAAGACAGGACUGAAGAUGGCACCAGAGAGCCUGCCGUUUUAGAUGGAGGAGAGAUGGUCUACCAUACUCUGCAGCUGUUGGCGUUUGCGGUGUUGGCGAUUCUCAUCAUGCGGCUGAAACUCUUCCUGACUCCGCACAUGUGCAUCAUGGCCUCUCUCCUCUGCUCCAGAAAGAUGUUUGCCUGGAUUGGGGAUAAAUUUAAGCACCAGCUGGCCAUCUUUGCCAUCCUGUCCAUCAUGGCGAUGCAGGGCACGGCCAACCUGCAGGCCCAGUGGGGCAUCAUGGGAGAGUUUAGCAACGUGCCACAGGAGGAGCUGCUGGAGUGGAUCUCCACCCACACCCAUCCAACUGAUGUGUUUGCUGGUGCCAUGCCCACCAUGGCCAGUGUGAAGCUGUCUGCUCAAAGGCCCAUCGUCAACCAUCCGCACUAUGAGGACGCAGGGCUGAGGGCUCGCACCAAGCUGGUGUACUCCAUGUACAGCCGUAAGCCGUCUGAGGAGGUGAAGGCCAACCUGAUGAGUCUGCAGGUGGACUACUUCAUCCUGGAGGACUCCUGGUGCACCAGGCGGUCGCGGCCUGGCUGCAGCAUGCCUGAGAUCUGGGACCUGGAGGACCGUGAGAAUGCCGGGAACACCCCCCUCUGCACCAUGAUGAGCCGGGACACACGCCCACACUUCACCACUGUCUUCCAAAACAGCAUCUACAAAGUCUUAAGGGUGCCCAAAAACAGUCCGAGAUAGUACUUCGCAACAGGGCAGGCUGUUGUUUUGUAAUAAUAGUAAUUAGUUACGUUUCUUUGUUUUCUCACUUUGGUACGGCAUGUGUGUAAUAUGUACAUAAAUAUGAAUAUUUUUUAGACCUGUUUGCUGUUACCAGUUAAAUUGCUCCGUGACAGAGCAUGUAUGAAAUGCUUAUCUGGUGGGUUUUAUGUCUUAAUAUUGUCUAAAAAGGCAAGGGGGGGUGAUGUUUUUUUUAAGAGAUUUAUUUUGUUAUUGAUAUUGCUGCUUGUUUUCCUGUUUUCACAAGUGUACAGUUCUUUGACACCUAAACCUUAUAGUAUUUCAAGUGGAAUAGUCCUUCAGAUGUCUUCCAUGUCAUCUGUAGUUACAAGUAUUACAGCUACAUCGAGUAGAAAUUGACUGUAAAAUUUGCUAAGCAUUUCUCAUCUCGCCUGUUGAAGUAGAAUUAUUUUUUUGAAUUUUAUUUUAUUUCUUUCAGAAAUUUCAUUGUCAACAGUCUCGUUUAUUGUUAUAUCAUUAUUUAUUCUUCAACCUGUGGAAUAUUCUUCAUCGUCAGUAUUGAGUUAAUCGUUGAUGGUCAUUUGCCAAACAAAACGUCUCAGUUCAGUUAUAGACCUCAGCAGUUAUCAGUACGGUGGGCCUGUCCUGCAUUGUUUGUUUUUCCAGGGGGGAAUCCUCUUGUCUACAAACAUUACCCAAGUCCAGGCUUAGUAUUGAUCCAUUUGUUUGCAGAAAAUAGGCCACUGUGCUCUGUGCUAACUGCCAAAAUGGUUUCAGAGGUCAGUAAAGUGUACCUUUUUUGAUUUAGUUGUUAAAAAAGGCUGAUGUACAAUCAAUCGUCUCUGGCCGUUUACAUAAUCUAUAAAGAUGUUCGUGCUGCAGGCAUGAUUAGGUUUCCACUUUCUUGGACUUGUUCAGGAACUUUCGAAUAUAGGAAUUCAUUGGCAUGUCCACAUGACUGAGCACCUUCUUUUGCGUAUGUGAGUGUUUGGGCUCAGUCUCUUGCAGCAUGGUUUAUCUGUAUAGGGUAGACAGGGUAAAGGCUCGUCUGGUGAUGCCAGGGACCAAGAACUUAGUGCUGCACGUCUACCAGCCACUUGACUAAUGCAAGUCAACCCUGAAGUAGCUGACUAUAGACACAGGCGUACACUGUACCAUCCAAUCCAUGCCUGUCGGCGUGUGUGUGUGUGCGUUCUUGCUUGUUUCAACAACGCCUUGCGUGGUGGACUCCUCCAGUAACUUAUUUAUGUUUGCACCUUAUGGAUGUCCAUAUUGUUCAAUGUAAUGUUCAGCAACUGUGAGGUCAGGGCUGUUCAGAGCCCCAGAUACAAAUGUGACAUGUUUUUCAUAAUGGUUAGUGUUUCCCACAGUGUUUUAUAUGAAAGUUCUUGUAAGUAUUACCUAAAUUAAAUAAAUAGUUGCUUCUUUGAUAUUGCA